UUAUUGCGUACAUGAUCCGUGCUCACCGGCUGCGCACUCCAAGAACCACAGGCAACGGUGAACCAGUCCACACCCGCAUGUUGUGAAAACGUUUUCUUCAGUAGCAUGCUUCUUGUGUGACUGAAUUAAAUAAAAUACUGCACACGCUGCAUUUCCCUCUCCGCUUUGCGAGCUGCUCUAAGCUUGAGAGCGCAUCUGUCCAGCUGUUCAAAUCAAAUCGCUAAUAUGGAAAGUGAACGAGGAUCCUCAAAUCAAUACGGCUCCCUGGAAUGCACUAAAUGGAAUACAGACACUUCUAAAACAGCGGAGGAAGACGUGGUCUCCAUGGCGGACUCCACCAUCACCACCGACGACAUCGAGGGCGAGCUGUUCAAGAUCGAGCGGAUCAGAGACGUGCUGGUCCGACGAGAGUCCGAGCUCAGAUACAUGAUGGACGACAUCCAGCUGUGCAAGGAGAUCACUCGCCUGAAGAAGGAGCUGCAGAAGCUGGUGUCCGUACCAGAUAACGACAAGUCGAGCGAAGACCGUCAGAAGGAGGAGGAGCUUCUCCAGCAGAUCCACAAGCUAGUGGAGACCAGGGACUUCCUGGUGGACGACGUGGAGUUCGAAAGGCACAGGGAGAAGGAGGAGGAUAAGGAGAUGGCAGACUUCCUCAAGUCAAAGUUUCCUAAAAGCUUGAAGAAGAAAGGCUCCACCCCCUCCAGGAGAGUGACAUCCCGGAACCAGCAGGCCUCGUCCCCUUUCGCCAAGACCGGCCUGACCCUGCUCAAGGAGUGUUGUGGCUUCACCUGCUCCAUCAUGUAGACAGCAGUCUACAGGGAGUCCCAGCUUGCGGGGCUGACUGAGGGGCCAUGAUCCAAGAUGGCCACCGCAGUGUCACAGUUUCAGCUAUUCAACCUCGAGAAAGACUUGAAGCGCGGCCAGACAUGGUGUCGGUUCAGAGGGUUAAGGGUGGGGUGUCGUAAAGAGAUUGGUUGGUGUGCUUUUUCUCUCCCAGUCUAUAUGAGUUUUGUCUGGGGUGUAUUUGUCUUUUUUGACUUGUUCAUUGUUCCUCUCUCUCUCUCUCUCUCUCUCUCUCUCUCUCUCUCUCUCUCUCUCUCUCUCUCUCUCUCUCUCUCUCUCUCUCU